UCGCCCAUGUCCACAUGUCCAUGUAAAAAGCGAGUUCGUUCUCGAGAACUUGUUUCCGAGGCGAAUCCAGUACUUAUUUAAGUGCUCAGGCUUAUUUGUGGCCAUUGACAUGAUGAAGCUCAUGGUUUAAAUUUGGCAAUUUGGCACUGCUCUUGAUACCAUGGAUGUACAAAGGGAUUGUGUCACUGGCAUCACCAAUUGAAAGCCUCAUCAUGCAGAGGGGGAAAAGUCCCGUUGCUGUGGAUGGCACCAUGACGAGGAAGGAUAGGAUAGAGCAGGGGGAAACCAUGCAUCGCUACCUGAGGAUGGAUGGUGUGUAAGACAGUGAAGUUCAAGUAGUGUUAGACGUUAGUGACCAGUGGUGCUAGUCGUGGUGGGAUUUUGCUCGAAAUGCCAAGAUCAUCCUUGUGCUUGAGCUAGGAUUUCACUCUACAUGGACUCGAUCCAACUACCAUUGCGCCUUUUCACUUUGGAAAUCAGAGAGCGUGGCAGUGCCUUCAUCAUCACCAUCAUCAUCAUCAUCGUCCUCCACCUUUUCCUCUGGACUUAAGUUGGCUGAACUGCCAGAAUAGCUCAUUCACCCAUCCACUCUUCAGGAGGCAUGAUGUCUUCCAAAACAGGCGUGGUAGGCGUCCUUUUCCUCUUGACACUGGGUUCCAUUCCCAUCUUGGCAGAGAAGAAGAAGGUGCUCUCCUUUGGUGGCAACGGCAACAUUGGAUCCGAGGUCAUGACCAUGAUGAUCGCCGAGGGCGACUACGAUAUCACCAUCGUGUCCCGGGGCAAUUGGCACUUUGAUGCCGGAGUCCGAGUGAUGCCCUAUGUGAACUCCAUCACUUGCGAUCGAAGCACGGAUGCGCCUUGUGCCGGUGAAGAAGAUUGCGAUAUCAACACCUUGCACUACUGCAAAGAACUCAUGGAGGUGGUCAAUGCCACGGACAAGUUCGACGUGGUCCUGGAUUUCUCCGGCUACGAGGCCAAAUGGAUCCACGAUGCCAUUGCUACUCUGGAGGACAAGGUGGGCGUGUAUGUCUAUGUGAGCACAGACUCGGUGUAUGAGGUCUGCGAGCCCAAAACGAGCCAGAGACCUUCACGGGAAACGGACGAUGUUCGACCCGCUGAUAUCAAGAAACGGGAAUUACUCCAAAAGGAAGACCCGUACGGACAUGCUAAAUUGGCGGGUGAAGAGGCGUUGAAGUAUCAACGAGAAGAUGGCGGUUUCCCUUGGGUGGCCUUGAGGUUUGCCGAUGUGAUUGGACCCCGAGAUACCACGUACCGUUGGAUGCUUUAUCAAUUAUGGAUUCAAUUCUAUCAUGAUAUCGAGAUCCCCAUCUACAUCCCGCCAAAGGUGGUGAACAUGACGGAAUCGCUCACCUACGUCAAAGAUGCUGCCAACUCGAUCAUGCUAGCCAUUCAAAAGGGCCCCGAGGUCUGGGAUGACUCCUACAAUAUUGCCUUGGAAGAGGAGUUCACUCUAUGGACCACCAUUCAGAAGAUGGCUGAACUCAUGGGAGUGGAGGGUCUUGAGCAGGACAACGAUGUUAGCGACAAAUCAUUCCAUCUCUAUCCCUCCGUUUUCAACGGUCCGGUGGAUAUCAGCAAAGCCAAGAAGAAGCUGGGAUUCGUUCCGACCCCUGCCGAGGAUGCCUUCCAAACCACCAUCGAUUGGUACAAAGAUGCCUUUGUGAGCAUGGAGAGCGAGCGCGAGGAGAUGAUUUCCCGAUUCGUGACCUAUGUGGUUCCCCGUGAGGCCAAGGACCGUCUUUACGUGGCUGUGGACACUGUCCUGCAGAAAGCUGGAGUGGUGGACGAGCGAUACCGCAAGAAGAAGAAGGGCGAUAUUGGAGACCUAGAACACGAAGAACUUUAGUCCAUCUCGGUUAUUCACCAGAGUAGUAAUAGUUCUAUAAAAAAAUUAUAUCUUCGCUUGAGAUGUGAUAAAUAUUUAAUUCUCAUA